AUGAUGACAUACUGCGCUAAGCAAAGGAUACGAUGGAUAUUUAAUCCACCUGGAGCUCCAUGGAUGGGUGGCGCAUGGGAGCGCCUGGUUGGCACGGUUAAACGUGCCUUCAAUAAAGCAGUAGGGAGGAAAAAGCUAGCGUUUCCCGAAUUUCUGACAGUUGUUACAGAGAUAGAGGCAGUAGUUAACACACGACCUCUUGUCGCUUGCUCCCCCAAUGUAGAGGAUAUACCCCUGAGACCUGUUGAUUUUCUCCACAAGUCUCUCAAGUAUGGGCUAGCACCUCUUGAUCCUGAUGAGCUCCAAGAUCCAACGUUUGAUCCACAGUUGAUACAAACGGUGACACAAGCAAAGCAAGCGCUCGAAAACAGCGAAAUAAUAGCAGAAAAAUUCUGGGAAAGGUGGCACUUCGAGUAUCUCACGGCGUUGCGCGAAAUGCAAGUAGUACAUCGAAAACAGGCCAGACAUCAAACGUCAAGGGAACCACAUGUGAACGAAAUUGUACUCGUCGAACAAGAUAGUUUACCCCGCGGUAGCUGGUGUUACGGGAAAAUAAUCGAAGUGGUCAGAAGCGCUGACAACAUGAUACGAUCGGUCAAAAUCCUCAUGCCAAAUAAGCACAUAUGGCAUAGACCCCUUAGCAAAAUAUAUCCGCUGGAAAUUUCAUCGCCAGUGUGUAAUGAAGCCACAGAGGUCCCCACUCAAAGUAGAGAGCAAAAUACGGCUCCGGAUCUUCCCUCCACAAAGUUCCAAAGAAGAGCAAAGCUCAAAGCCAUCCAAGCGAUCAAGGAAUCGUCGGUAACGAACACAACAAAUUCGUUAGGAAACGCCAGCGUAAUGGUCUUAACAGCAAUCACGAAUUUCCCACAUUCCAGUGAGCACAGUAGUGUACGAAGUAAUAAACUGUAUGGAAUGGAGCCCGCUAAUAAGGUUACGCGUCCAUAUUUCCUUGAACCACCAUCAAGAAGAGCAGAUGACAUUGAAUUUGAGGCCGUACGUCAGUCAAAAAAGACAGAACAUAUCCUUCAAUGUUAUCUCAUAUGCAAGGCCAACGUGUCCCUUACUGGACAGCAGGUUCGCGAUUUCGCAUGA